ACCGCGGGCGGCGGCGGCCAUCUUGGCGGCGGCGGCGGGGCGAUGAGCGGCUCCAAGGCGAGGGCGGCGGCGGCGGCGGGGCCGGAGAAGAAGCCGCCGCCGAGCACCGGGGGAGCCCUCAGCCGCCUGCGGGGCCGCCGAGGCUCGGGGGACGCGGCGCCGCGGCCGGGGACGCUGUGGACCGAAUCCGAACUGCUGGCGCUGGAGACCGUCCGGCCCGAGCACGUCCUGGGGCUGUGCCGGGUGACGGAGAAUUAUUUAUGCAAACCUGAGGACAACAUUUACAACAUUGACUUCACCAGGUUCAAGAUCCGGGACCUCGAGACUGGAACAGUGCUGUUUGAAAUUGCGAAGCCUUCUGCUUCAGAGCAAGACGAUGAGGGUGAAGAUGACAACAGUGAACUUGAUGCUAGUGCAGGCCGCUUUGUUCGUUACCAGUUCACCCCAGCGUUUCUUCGUCUUCGGACUGUUGGUGCAACAGUGGAAUUUACAGUGGGAGAAAAGCCAGUGUCAAACUUUCGAAUGAUUGAGAGACAUUACUUCCGAGAUCGCUUGCUGAAGAACUUUGACUUUGAUUUUGGCUUCUGCAUCCCCAGUAGCAGGAACACAUGCGAACACAUCUAUGAAUUCCCUCAGCUCUCAGAAGACCUUAUCCGUCUGAUGGUUGAAAAUCCAUACGAGACCCGCUCAGACAGCUUUUACUUUGUGGACAACAAGUUGAUAAUGCACAACAAGGCCGAUUACGCGUACAACGGAGGACAGUAAUCAUGUGUGUCCGUGGAUGCCGUGCUGCCGUUACCAUUCCAGAUGUCCAGGACCGGACUGGAGCUGUCUCAUGCAACAAGGCUUCUUGUCAAACCUUUUUUUCUUGCGUGAGGCUGAACACAUGAAGCAAAGAAGACAGCUCCCAAAAGUAAAGGAACUCUCCCUGCAACGCUUCACUAUCCACCACUCUUAACAUAUCCAGCCUCUGUCAUUCUCCAUUUCUGGAUACCUUCUGGUACCCUGGUUAGGUUAUGGAUCAGAGGCACUGUUAGAAAACUAUUGCUGUUACAGUUUUUGUAGCUUAGGUUGCACUUUUAGUGCUUCUGAUGUUUCACCUAUUGGGUGACUACCCUCUUUCAAGAGGUCAGAUUAUUCGGGUAAGCUAUUUCUUAGCAGGACAAUUUGCCCCCUUUGGGUAGCCACUGACACCUGAAGAGCAGAUCUCUUCUUCACUUGGAUAGAUCGUCUCUUCCGUGCAUAGUGGUUUAGUUUGUAGCAUGGCUGAGGUUGCUUUUUAGGGUGCAUCCCAAUAUUCUCCAGUGGGAAAGAUAAAAUAAGAGACUAAUUCAG